AUGAAGGGCUUCGCUCUCCUCUCGGCCCUCGCCGCCGCCGGCGUCGUCUCGGGCUCUCCCACCAAGCGUGCCGACCCGACCCCCAUCACAAUCAAGGGCAACGCCUUCUACAAGGGUAACGAGCGCUUCUACAUCCGCGGUAUUGACUACCAGCCUGGUGGUGACUCUGCCCGUGUCGACCCUCUCGCCUCCAAAGAGAUUUGCAGCCGUGACAUCGAGAACUUCAAGGACCUUGGUGUCAACACCGUCCGUGUCUACACGGUCGACAACUCUGCCGACCACACCGAGUGCAUGGGUCUUUUGGCCGAUGCUGGCAUCUACCUCGUUCUUGACGUCAACACUGGUGGCGAAAAGGGCUACUCGAUCAACCGCGGAUCCCCCGCCAUGGCCUCCCUGUCGUACAAUGCUGCCUACCUCCAGAGCAUCUUUGCUACUGUUUCCGAGUUUGCCAAGUACAAGAACACUCUCGCGUUCUUCUCCGGCAACGAGGUCAUCAACGAGGUUGGCAACGAGUUCAAUGCUCCUUACAUCAAGGCCGUCACUCGUGAUCUGCGCGCCUACAUCAAGGCCCAGAACUUGCGAGCCAUCCCGGUUGGCUACUCUGCUGCCGAUGUCUCGGAAAGCCGUUUCCAGACUGCCCUGUACAUGAACUGCGGUCCCGAUGAGGUCCGCUCCGACUUCUUCGCCUUCAACGACUACUCGUGGUGCAACAGUGAUUUCGCCACUUCUGGCUGGGAUGCCAAGGUUAAGAACUUCACCGACUACGGCCUCCCUCUUUUCCUCUCCGAGUACGGCUGCAACAAGAACACCCCUCGCAAGUUUGACGAGCUUGGUGCGCUCAUGAGCAAAGAAAUGACUGGUGUCUACUCUGGCGGUAUAAUGUACGAGUACUCGUACGAGGAGUCCAAGUAUGGCAUUGUCCAAAUUAGCGGCAAGGAUGGUACGGGCGAUGUCUCCAAGUACGGCGACGGCGCCGAGUACGACAACUUCAAGUCAUCCCUCAAGUCCAACGCUGCCCCCAGCGGUGACGGUGGUGCCCAGACCAGCUCUCACUCGUCCAAGUGCCCUGAGAAGGCCACCGGCUGGGACGUUGACCCCAAGCUCCUGCCUGAGAUGCCCAAGGAGGCCCAGAAGUACAUGAAGGAUGGUGCCGGCAAGGGCCCUGGCCUGACUGGCUCUGGCUCCCAGACUGCUGGCGACUCUGGCCUUUCCACCAAGAACGUCACUGUUGACGGCUCUGGCUCUAACAGCAGCAGCAGCUCGAAGGAGAACUCGGCUGCUCUCUCUGGCUCCUCGAUGGUUGCCACUCUGGCCUCUAUCGCUGUCGCUGUCGCCGGCACCAUGCUUCUGUAA